GCGAACCUUUUGGCCGAGCACACCUUUGAGCUUGUUGCACAAAACUGAAUAGCUCCCUCUAAGCCAUAGUACGGUAACCACUCCUCCAUCAACUGUCACCAUGACGAAAGAUCAGAAUAAGGAGACCAAGUCCCUCCACAACACAAGGCAGGGAAAAGAAAGAGAAGCCUUGUACAGCAAAAUACGCAUUGGAAAUGCCAAUAGAGUAGACGAAGAGCGAUACUUUGAGCUCACUGGAAAGCCCGCAUCAAGUGUCCCAAGAAGGAAUAAAGAGGCAGCAGCCCUGUACAAUAGAAUACACGUUGGAAAUGCCAAUCAAGUAGAUGAAGAGCGAUACUUUGAGCUCACUGGAAAGCCUGCAUCAAAAGUCCCAAGAAGGAAUAAAGAGGAACAAAAAUUAUACAAAAAAAUACACGUUGGAAGAGCCAAUCAAGAAGAUGAACAGCGAUACUUUGAGCUCACUGGAAAGCAUGCAUCCAGGCUCUCAAGAAGGAAAAAAGAGGAACCAGCCUUGUACGACAAAAUACGCCGUGGAACAGCUGAUAAAAUGGAUGAACAGCGAUACUUUGAGCUCUCUGGAAAGCUUGCAUCAAGUAUCCCAAGAGAGUCAAAAGAAGCAGCAGCCCUGUACACAAAAAUACGCCAUGGGACAGCCAAUAAAGUAGACGAAAAGCGAUACUAUGAGCUCACUGGAAAGCUUGCAUCAAGUGUCCCAAGAGAGUCAAAGGAGAAAACUUUCUUAUACAACAAAAUACGACGUGGAAAUGCCAACAAAAUACAAGAACAGCGAUACUUUGAGCUCACUGGAAAGCUUGCAUCAAGUGUCCCAAGAGAGUCAAAGGAGCACCGGCUAUUAUACAGCAAACUCCGGUGUGGGACCGCAACGAAACAAGAUCUGGAGCGAUAUGAAGAUCUCCGGAAGAAACUCAAAAGUAGGCAACAAGCAGUUACGACUACUACAGCAAGUACGGCACAAAUUGGGAUCAAGCGAAAGGCACAGUGCAGCAACAAGCAGCACACGAAACAGAUCACCCAUCAAAAGAAACAAAAGCUCUUGGCUGCUCGUGCCGCCGCAGUUGCCGUUCCAACGAGGACCAUGACCUUGCGACCUAGAAAAGGCUCAAUCAACCAUGCCUGCGUUCUAGAAGAAACAGAUAGUCAAGAUGACGAGCACUCUGAUGUGUCCUGCACUGAUGAUUGUUCUGAAGUGUAUGUGGCAGCUGAUGAUGAUUCCACCGACGAUGGUAGCCACACUCUAGAAGAGGACAACGUCUUUGUAGAUGACACCAAACUAGCGGAUGACAAUCUACAAACUUCCCACGUGGAAUCCCCUUUGCCUGCAGCAGAAGGAGAGGUGCAGCAACAACAUCCCAGCAUCCCAUCCCGCGACAACAAUGCAGUGGUGUUUGCCCACAAAACACACGGCGUUGGCACUGGUGGCGAAGUAUCGGAACAUCCCCCAAAAGAAACUCCAAUGGAACAUGAAAGAGGCACUGCGGCUGUGGCGGAAGUGCUGAGAACUCACGUCGAUACGACAUUUGCAGGAUGGGUGGCUGCUACUAUUCCUCCAGAGCAACACGCUCUUCCAACAACUGCACCGCUUACUCUGCAAGUGCAGAAGAAUGAUCACGAAGGCAAAGAGAAUCACAACCCUCAUCCUCGGCACCACCAGGGAACAGUUCGCAGCUUGCGAUCUGUCUCCAAUAGACCACCAACACCAGUCAAAUCCUUCCAGGGUGAUGAUGACGACCAAUCUACAAUGUCUUCGGCAGCACUGGGUAUGAAGAACAUACCCCCACCUCCUCAUCGUCCCAAGAGGGCCUCAAAACACAUGACCACAUCAUCCCCUCCAGCACCCAGGAAUGGUGGGAAUAAUCCUGAUGUUGUUUGCAGUAGCCCCAUUGAAUCCUCAAAUGCUACCAGUACAGUUUCUAUGACAAUCAAUCCUGUGCUCCAUACUCGGCCUCCACCAGGCAACAAUCACCAGAGUGAUUCUGCUUCUCUAUCGUCAUUUACCCUUAGGUUCUGCCGCAGUGAUUUGGGACCAGAUUGGUUUGUGGAUGUGCGAGUUCCGGCGUCAUCUGACAAACUUGUGCGAACAGUGUUUAACUCAGGAGCUGUCACACGGAGACUUCGAAAGCUGACCAGUGACCAGAAACGAGGGCUUCAGAAGGGGGCCAAGGAAGUAGUGAUGGAGUAUGUCAACUCGAAAACCAACCAUGUCUACCGAACCUUCAUGACUAGUGACUUGGCCAAGUUCACUACACUCAAUCUGCACGAGGAAAUUGAGAGAGACGACAUUGGAAAGAUAAUGGAAGGGGCAGCGAGUCCAGUUACUGUUCAUGUUUACCUGAGGGACAAGUUUGGUGACGAUGGGAGUGUUGCUUUUUCCCUUUAG